UGGAGCUGACUCCUUUGGGGAGUGGGAGAAGACAGUCUUGGAGAGUGUCGGCCUAGUGGUCGGUGGGAUCUUCUUCUCUUUUUGGUGACGCUUGGUGGCCGUCUUGGCAGACGGAUCCCCUGAGCACUUCAUAACAGGACAAAGUGGGCCAGACACCUUCUCACCCAAAAGACACAGCAGGGCCUAGGAUCCCGGCAAAAUUUCACCACCUAGCACGUCAUCCAGGUUAUGACGUGGGCCUGAACGUAGUAAUGAGUGACAUAAGUGAAUCCAUGGAAAGCCUUUACUCAGCCUGCAACAUGCAGUCCGACACGGUGCCGCUUCUGCAGAACGGCCAGCAUGCCCGCAGCCAACCUCCGGCCCCGGGGCCCCGCCCUGCGCAGCCUCAGGUGUCCCCGAGACAGCGCGUGCAGCGUUCGCAGCCUGUGCACAUCCUUGCUGUCAGGCGCCUUCAAGAGGAGGACCAGCAGUUCAGAACCUCGUCUCUGCCAGCCAUCCCCAACCCAUUUCCUGAGCUGUGUGGCAGCAGCGGUGCUGGGAGCUCCCCUGCGCUCCCACCAGGCUCUUUCCCUCCGAACCAGCCACCCCCGAAGCAGCCUGAUUGUUCAUCUGUCAAGGGAGGAGGCCCUUCCUGGAUGGCCUGUCCAAAGGAUGUUAAAGUCUUUAGUGAAGAUGGAACAAGCAAAGUCGUGGAGAUUCUAGCAGACAUGACGGCCAGGGACCUGUGCCAGUUGCUGGUUUACAAAAGCCAUUGUGUGGAUGACAACAGCUGGACACUUGUGGAGCACCACCCACAUCUUGGAUUAGAAAGGUGCUUGGAAGACCAUGAGCUGGUGGUUCAGGUGGAGGGUACCAUGGCAAGUGAGAGCAAGUUUUUGUUCAGGAAGAAUUAUGCGAAGUAUGAGUUCUUCAAGAAUCCAAUGAAUUUCUUCCCGGAGCAGAUGGUUACUUGGUGCCAGCAGUCCAAUGGCAGUCAAUCCCAGCUCUUACAGAAUUUUCUCAACUCCAGCAGUUGCCCUGAGAUUCAAGGAUUUUUGCAUGUGAAAGAGCUGGGAAGAAAGUCCUGGAAAAAGCUGUAUGUGUGCCUGCGUAGAUCUGGCCUGUACUGCUCCACGAAGGGAACUUCAAAGGAGCCUAGACACCUGCAGCUGCUGGCUGACCUGGAGGACAGUAACAUCUUCACUCUGAUUUCCGGGAAGAAGCAGUACAGUGCCCCUACUGACCACGGGCUCUGCAUCAAGCCAAACAAAGUGAGAAAUGAAGCUAAAGAGCUGAGACUGCUCUGCGCCGAAGAUGAGCAAGGCCGGAUGUGCUGGAUGACAGCAUUCAGACUCCUGAAGUAUGGAAUGCUCCUCUACCAGAAUUACCGCAUCCCUCAGCAGAGGAAAGCCUUGCUGUCUCCUUUCUCCACGCCUGUGCGCAGUGUGUCUGAGAACUCUCUCGUGGCAAUGGAUUUUUCUGGGCAAACAGGAAGAGUGAUAGAUAAUCCAGCUGAAGCCCAGAGUGCUGCCCUGGAAGAGGGUCAUGCCUGGAGGAAGCGAAGCAUGAGGAUGAAUAUGCUGGGAAGCCAAAGCCCCCUGCACCCUACCUCCAUUAAUGCAGUGAUUCACAGGACCCAGCACUGGUUUCAUGGCCGCAUCUCCAGGGAGGAGUCUCACAGGAUCAUCAAGCAGCAAGGCCUUGUGGAUGGGCUUUUUCUCCUCCGUGACAGCCAGAGUAAUCCAAAGGCAUUUGUCCUCACACUGUGUCAUCACCAGAAAAUUAAAAAUUUCCAGAUCCUACCUUGUGAGGAUGAUGGGCAGACCUUCUUCACCCUGGAUGACGGCAACACCAAGUUCUCUGAUCUGAUCCAGCUGGUUGAUUUUUACCAGCUCAACAAGGGGGUGCUGCCAUGCAAGCUGAAGCACCACUGCAUCCGCGUGGCCUUAUGACCUCCCAAACGUCCUCUCAACAGAGAAAGGAGAGAGAGAACACUGGAAUGAAGAGGAAGAGGUCUGCGUGAGAAUUGAAAAUACACAUCUAGUUCACACCCUAAGAUUCAGAAUGAUGUGGGUUUGUUCAAUACCAGCCCACUAAGAUUGAUUUGUUUGUUGGACUUUGAGAUGCUUUGCUGUUGCGGACGCAACAGCAUCGCCUCCCUCUGUGCCAGCCAAACGGGGGGAGGGACGACAGAUCCAGCGCAAGUGUGAGAAUCAACUGGAAUGACCAUCUUGGCUGGGCCACUUAGAAAUGAGAACCGGAUAGAAGUGAUUGGAAAUGAACUCUUGCCCUGGGAUAAUCUUGACAAUUAAAACCGAUAUGUUUACUUUUUUUGUAUUGAUCACUUUUUGCACUCCUUCUUCGUUGUCAAUAUUGUAUUCAGCCUGUGGUAGGAGGGGAUGUGGCUUUUUCGAGUCCAAUGAUAGAAAACAAACAAAAACAAAAAGGUGUUUUGAAUUGGCAGGCUUCAGACUGAAAAUGAGUCCCCACAAAGGGUUCCACAGGAUGCUAGCACCUGCUGAGAUUGCCACAGUGUGGAUUUGGCUCCCAAAUUACAGACCACCCCCAACCCUUCCCAGUAUACUUGAAAAGCUUUUUCUUCUUUUUUUUUUUUUCAAAAAUAAACAAUACAAAAACAGGUGUCAACGGUGGUUGGCAUCACCUUUUGUGGACUCAGUCAGACUCCCACUGUCUGUCAGUCAUUGCUCUAGUGCAAGUGUCUGGUCCCUUUGUUAUUUCCUUGUCUAGUGAGGGAGACUUUAUUACUUAGAAAAGCCUACUUCCCCCCACCCUCCCCCCAACCAAAAAAACAAACAAACAAACACACACAACAUGGCUGAAUGACCUCACUGCUAAACUGGCCCAUGCCAGCCUUCUUGAGACACUGGUACUCACCGUCGGCUGACGGUGAAUCCCAGCAAGUCUGCCCGGGGCAUCCUCAGCCUCGUGUUAUCUAACCACACGCUGGUCUAGAAUGACCACUGCCUUAGCCUCCGCAGUGGCCUGAGUCAUUUCCUGACUGAUCUCCCUCUGGGGAUUAGAGGAUCUUCAAAGAAAAUGGCUCCUGCGUGGCUUUGUGUCUCCAUGGUUUCCAUGGUGAUAAAGACUGGGAACACUGCAGGCAUGGGCUGGUGACCUUUAAAGGUCUUUGCCUCAUGACCUCCGUGCCCUGCUGGAAACCCCCCCUAAGCCAGCAGAUGCAGGUGUCCAGCGGCACUUCUCUGCUGAGGGGUAGCCGCCUGUGCUGUGGGCACCAAUUUUGAAUAACGUGAUACUUGCCUCCCAUCUUGGGAGAUGAAUCAGAUAGUGGCUUGAGCUAUCACUGGGUCCCCCUUGAGCCCCACAACGGACCCUUUGCCAUGUCCCCUUCAUUGAAUUGUCAGGUGUGAGGUGACCAUUUCCUUCCACUUGAGCCCAGCAACACAGGCAGUACUUGCUUAUCAAGCAUACAGGCAGCUGUGGUGAGCAGAAAGCUUUCCAUUUCCAACAACCUCCCCGGCUGUCCCCUGUACCUGUGCUUACCGCUGGAUUCCUUGAAUCCUACCCCCCCCCGAAGUGCUCCUCCCUAAGGAACUGCAUUUCUGGGUCCCGUCUUGGGCCCACGGAGUGGAGGACAGCCUUGUGACAAGUGUCACUAAGGCAGAUUUGCUGCUAGUCAGUCUGCAGCAUCGAAACCCUGUGUUUCAGUUUAAAAGCCACACUCCGGUUUCUACGAAAUGCCUCCUUACAACAAAUGAAGAAUUUUCUUUUGGUUUUUGUUUUUUGAGUAAAACAUAUUCUCAACCAUAUGAACUUUUGUUUUUCUUCCUCUUGCAAUCAGUUAACCAUUCAAAUGAUUGACAGUGAGGUCAUCCUCAAGUUCAUGCCUAGCUGCAUGUUCCCGCUGAUCUUCACGUCCAACAUUGUCCCUUUUCCUCUUGGCUGGUCUGAAGUUAAAAAAAAAAAUCUUUAAAAUUAAAAAAAAAAAGAAAAAAAGAGGAAAAAAAAAAACAAGCAAUUUUAAGAUUUCUUUUUCUUUUUUUUUUUCUCCUGUUUACGUAGACCAGUCCACCAGUGUAUCAUCCCUCUUAUGGCUCUUCGUAGAACAGUUAGGAUGCGCAGUAUUUCAUAUUUAUACGUAUGCGUUUUAUUUAAGCAGAGAAUAAAGGCUUGAUUGAUUUCACGAUUUUGUAUGUAGCUGGUUUGACGUAGUCUUUUUGUACUUUCUCAGCCGAAGUGAGUUAUUAGAGGCUCUGCCCCAUCUGGGCGGGACACUCGCUCUGUUGCAACCAGCCUGGCUGCAAGGCCCUGGCUUGCCCGCCUUUGCGAAUUCCAUCUGAGAUAGCAAUGUCCCUGGGCUGGUGGGCGUCUAGCCCCCUUCUCCAGGCACUGAAGGACAAUUUGACUUUUAUUUUUGUAUUUAAUUGACAUGAAUGUAAAGGGGACAGCUCAGGGUUGUUUUGGAGCCUUUGUAAUGUCUGCCUGUGAUUUUUCUUUUCUAAAUGAAACUCCAUGUAGCAACCUGGACUAAAUUGAGAAGGAAAAAACACACACACACACACAAGAGAAAAACACACACACACACACACAUACACAAAAACCUACAAAAAAUGCCAAAUGCUUUUUUUUUCUUUGAGUAUUUAGAGUUUUAAUAGGUAAGCUCUGUUACAUUAGAUGUUAGAGUUCAAGAAUGUGUUUUUGUUUGCUAAAACCUUGAAGAAACAUGUGCCUCAGCUUAGAUGUUUUGUCUGCUCCUUUCUGCACUUAAAUACCUGACAACAAUUUGAGUGACCGCUGCACCUCUGGGGGCGGGACUAGCUUUUUGUAGAUUUGUGACGUCACAGUGCAAGCUGCAGUGACCAUAAUAUGGCCUGACCUGUAAGCAUUUUCAGGGAAUGCAGGAGGUGUUGAUUAUGAGACAAAACCUUUACCAUGUGCUUUGCUUUCAUUCUGUAUAUAGCUCUUUGGCUCGUGAACCUAAUUGUAAACUUUCAGGUAUUUUUGUACAAAUAAGGGACUGAUGUUCUGUUUCUUGUAACUAGAAAUAAACAUUAAUACAGUGUUCUUCAUUUA